AUGAUUAGAUCUGCAUGUAUUUCCUGUCCAAUAGCUAAGCGCGUACCCACAGUGUCAAUUCCAACUUAUCUACAUUUUAGAUUCAACUCCCAAGCAACCACCACACCUGAUAACAGUAAACCCAAUAAUGCUAAAUUUCACAAGCCUAAACAAGCUGGUGAUGCAGAAGCUGGAUCACAAGAACCUUCCGAAGCAGCCGAUGCUGCUGCUACAAUAUUAGCCGAAUUGAGAGAUAAGCAAAUUAACCCCAAAAAGGCCACUUGGCUUGAGGCAUUGACUGAAAAAGAAAAAUUACAAGCAGAAGGUAAACGUAUAGACUCAUUUGUCUAUAAUAACCCAGUGACUGCUAAAGUUGGUGAAAAGACAAGAGCUGAUUCAUUUUCAUAUUUACUUUUACCAUUCAAAGAUGAUCAAUGGCUAUGUGAUGCAUACAUUAAUGCGUUUGGUAGAUUACGUGCUGGUCAGUUGUUCCAGGAUUUGGAUGCAUUAGCUGGUAGAAUUGCGUAUAGACAUUGUUCUCCUGCUGAACCAGUCAAUGUUACUGCCAGUGUUGAUCGUAUUUAUAUGGUGAAGAAGGUUGAUGAAAUCAGUAAGUUUAAUUUUGUUUUGGCUGGAUCGGUUACUUGGACUGGUAGAUCAAGUAUGGAAAUUACUGUCAAGGGAUAUGCAUUUGAAACUGAUAUCAGGGAAGAGGAUAUUAAGAUUGAUACGUUGCCAGAUUCCAAUGUGUUUUUAACCGCUAAUUUUACUUUUGUUGCACGUAAUCCAAUUACGCAUAAAUCGUUCGCAAUUAAUCGUUUGUUGCCAAUCACUGAACAAGAUUGGGUUGAUUAUAAACGAGCAGAAAGUCAUAAUGCCAAAAAGAAGUUGGAAGCAAAAAAGAUGAAUAUUAUUGAACCAACUGCUGAAGAAUCUAAAGUGGUUUACAAUAUGUGGAGAGCUACACAAUCGAGUGAAAAUGUUGAUAAAGUCAAUUCAGCUAAUGCAUUGUCAUUCAUGAAGGAUACAAAACAAACAUCAACUUUAUUCAUGCAACCACAGUACCGUAACCGUCAUUCAUAUAUGAUUUUUGGUGGGUACUUGUUACGUCAAUCUUUUGAGUUGGCUUACUGUACAGCAGCAAGUUUUUCAUUAGCUGGCCCAAGAUUUGUGAGUUUGGAUUCUACCAAUUUCAAGAGCCCAGUACCAGUGGGAUCAGUUUUGUCAAUGUAUUCAUCAGUCUCCUAUACUGAACAUUUGCAUGACGCCAGUGAGACUAAAGAGAUUGCUCAAGAGAAUGCACCAUUCACUUUCCAAUUACCACCAAUGAAUAAAAUCAGUUCCAACCCUGAUGCAUUUUUAUCUGAACCAGGUACAAUUGUUCAGGUUAAAGUUGAUACAUUUAUUCAACAUUUGAAUUCGAAUAAAAAGAAAGAAGCAGGAACAUUUAUCUACUCAUUCUUUGUACCCAAAGAAAGCCAAAAGAUAGCCGGUGAACUGGAGUCUGAUGGUGGAUAUUGCUCUGUUGUUCCACAAACCUAUUCGGAAAUGAUGACUUAUAUUGCUGGUAGAAGAAGAGCCCAUGAUACUGCUCAGUAUGUAGAGACUUUACCAAAGCCAGAAACACAAGCUUAG